AUGUUAAAUGGACUGAACUUCUAGCGCUUUUCCAAUCAUUUUGACUACUCAAAGCGCUUUACGUGAGAGUCGCCUUCACCCAUUCACAAACGAACACACAUUUCUACCCCGAUACGCAGUUUGGGUUCAAGUGCCAGAGGCGCACAUUGACACGUGGCAGGAGGAAACUGGACUCGAACCUACAACCUUCCGAUCUCAAGAUGACUACUCGACCCACAGAGCCACAGACAAAAACAACUUUUUUUCAUCAUAAAGCCUAAUCUUUUUUAGUCAUUAUUAAAAUGACGUAGAUUAUUAUAACUUCUUGAAAUGUUAUUUGCUAUGCUCUUCAUUCUGAGUGGCCGUCAAAUCAAUGCUAGUUCCUCAAGCUAGCACAGCUAGCGCGAAACGAAAUGUUUCUGUCAAGAAAAGGACAAAAGGAACCGUCAGAAGCCCUGCUAUGGAAGGCUACAAAAAUCAGAAGAAGCUAAUGUUGUUCGGGGGCCGUGGCAUUGGAAAGUUCGGGAAUUCGUGGUUUAUUCUAUCCACGCAGCUGUAUUUGUGUACACCUAACUAACAGGAAACAUGUCCGGACUGUUUCCUAGCAGCAGGUGUGCAGGCAGAGACGGAACACCUGGGUAUCCACCUGGGAGUGGCAACCAGUCGCACCACUUCCAAGAAGACUUUAAGGCUCCCAUGGCUCUGCAGGAGCUGGGCAUCAGCCUGUCCAUGAUGGGCGUCGCCGGCGCCAUGUUGAUCUGCGGCCUGCCCAUGUGGAAGGUCACGGCGUUCAUCGGCACCCACCUGGUGGUGAUGCAGGUGUUCUGGGAGGGCUUGUGGAUGACCUGCGUCAGCGAGUACACGGGCCAGAUGCAGUGCAAGCUCUACGACGCCCUGCUGGACCUGUCGCCGGACCUCCAGGCGGCCCGCGGCCUCAUCUGCAUCAGCCUGGUGUUGGGCUGUCUCGGGUUCCUCGUCUUCAUCCUGGGAGCUCGCUGCACCAACUGCCUGGGCCACCCGCGGAUCAAAGCGCGGGUGGUGAUCUGCUCCGGCGCCAUCUUCUGCCUGUCCGCGCUCACCACAGUGGUCGCCGUCGCUUGGACCGCCAACACCAUCAUCACGGAUUUUCACAACCCCAGAGUCCCCGAGGUGCUGAAGAGAGAGCUGGGCGCGGCGAUCUACAUUGGGUUUGUGACGUCUGGGCUGCUGUUCUGUGGAGGAGCCGUUCUCUGCGGGACCUGCCCACCAGAACCGGACAGAUUCCCCUCCAGUGGCUACAUGCUGGCCAAGACUCCCACCCGGAGCAGCUACGCCAUCAAGAACUACGUCUGACAGCAGAAACUAAACCACAACGUCUUGACCUCUGCCGACCUCUUUAAUUACGAUCUCUACACUGCAAAAACACAAAAAAUGACCAAGUAUUUUUGGUCUAGUUUCUACCGCACAUAUGUUACCACACUUGAAAUAUUGAAAUACAACAAAACUAACUUACAAAAAACUUUUCAGCAAGAUACUAUUGACUUAAAGCUGCAUUCUGUAAUAUGUUUAUUAAUAAUUUGUUGAAAACUGUCACCAUGUUCUGACAGUUUAUGAGGCAAAUAAUCUGAGAAAAGAUCGAUCUCCUUCCUGAGCCGCUACUGCCGUCUGAAGAAAUGACCAAAAACAAC